AUGGGCAACAACAUUUCGUACCAGCAAACGCCGGUUGAGCUAAGCUUAGGGGACAAGGGCAAGAUCCGCGGCCUUCAGUUCGACGACAAGUCCCGCCGAUUCACGGGCGUUCCCUAUGCGCUUCCUCCGACCGGCGAGCAUCGAUGGCGCAAACCUCGACCACUGCCGACUUCAUAUUCGUAUAGCGGCGGAGACGGCGCAUACGAUGCGACGAAGUUCAAGGCCGUGUGCCCUCAGAAGGCCUUCCACGUCGUAAAGCCUGACGGCCAGGGCGCUGCGCACAGCGAAGACUGUCUGUUUGUCAAUAUCUGGACUCCGGUGCGCAAGGAUGGAGAGGAGGACAAGAAGUGGCCGGUGAAGCUUUGGAUUCAUGGCGGUUGGUUUCAGAUGGGAGACCCGUCUCAGGAGCCUGGCAUGGAUGCGACCGAGCUCAUCACGACGGGCGGGCUCAACGCAAUUGUUGUGGCCAUCGGGUACCGACUUAAUGUCUUCGGCUUCCUUGCUGGCGAGGAUCUUCUCCGAGAGAGCGGCGGCGAGGCGGGCGGAAACUUUGGCCUCUGGGAUCAGCGAGUCGCAGCUGAAUGGGUGCGGGAUAACAUCUCGUACUUUGGCGGUGACCCCAACAACAUCACCCUCGCCGGCCGUAGCGCCGGUGCAUACAGUGCCGAGGCGCAGAUGCUUUAUGACUUCCGCAAGCCAGGGAACAAGUCCUCGCUUUACCGCCGGAUUUUCAUGGACUCCAACGCGAUCCCUGCGCAACCCAAGUCCUUGGCAGAUGUCCAAGGGCAGUUCGACGAGCUCUGCGAAUACUUCAAGAUUGAAAAGAGCCUAUCAGGAUCUGAAAAGCUCUCAGCUUUGCGCGACAUCAGCUGGGAAGAUCUCAUCAAGGCAAUCCCCCAUUUGAAGAACCACACAUUCCGACCCGUUACGGACGAUAUCUUUGUGCAUUCGGGGAUGAUCGAAUACCUGCAAAGCAAGGACUUCGCCGACGAGUUCAAGAGCAGAGGAUACAAGAUGUUGAUUGGCGAAGUGCGAAACGAAGAAACAUUGUACUCUUCAUAUAACGCCCCGACCGAGCCUACGUUAGACGCCCUCAGGCUGCAGGUAUCGAACUACUAUGCCCCUGAUGUUACUGAUCGAGCCAUCCAGCAAUACAAGUUACCGGAGUCGGACAAGCUCGAAGAUUGGCAAAAGACUUUUGGCAAGCCACUCAAGACUUGA